AAUCUCUCUUUCUCUCAUUUUGGACGAGGGGAUUCUUUCGUAUAAUAAUUUUAGGUGUGGAGACAAUCUGUGCGUUUUCUUGCCCUUCUCAUCAUGUCCUCAGAUACGAGUCCUGCCAGCCAGGAAGCUCGCGAGCUGAGCUUGAUAGGCAAGGUGGAACUGCGAAUCGCCCUGGCAGACACCGAUGCCAAACUUCAAGGCCUCCUUCAGACCUAUUUGGCGCCUUUACUAUUGAAGCUGGCGUCGGAGAGCUUGGCAGUCCGCAACAAAGUCAUUGCCGUGUGCCAGCAUAUCAACACUAGAAUUCAAGCCCCGUCCAUUCAGCUUCCUGUUGCGGCGCUGCUGAAACAGUUCAAAGACCAGAAGUCGCAGCUAGUCCGCCACUUUGAUUUGCUCUAUGUGCAGCAGGGUAUUGACCGUCUGGGGUCGGAAGCCAGGGUUGAAGUUCUCGUUCCGCUGCUCCAGGGAAUCGCUGACAUCGGCACACUGGCCACUCAAGGUGCUACUGUGUUCAAUCUUGUUCUGCGUUUGCUGCCGCUUCUGAAGUUGCCACCGAAGGGCAGUGAGGGGGAUGUUCAGCUCGCGGCUAAACUUGGGCUUUCCGACCAAGACACCGACUUUUUAUCGUUCUGGUUCGAGAAGUUGCUUCUGCUGGGUCCCGCAGAACAGGGCUCGCUGACCUGUCCCGGUCUUUCUCCUGCUCAAUAUGCAUUUUUGUGCAAAGGCGGGUCGAUAAGUGAUGUAUGGAACCCUGCUGUCGCCGGUGGCUUGAAUCUCACAGAAACUAAAGCCAUUGCCUUGAGAUUUUUGGCAAGCGGCACUUUCACAAACCGCAGACGGUUUAUCCCUGCGCUCAUAGCCACUGCCGAUGCGAAUUCCCGCAUCGCGGAUCUUGGUUCCGAGAUGUUGAAGAGGUUCACCCCAGACCUUGAAGAUGCCGAUGUGGUGCAAGAGCUGUACCGACUCUAUUUUGGAACUGAAGGACCUGAUGGCGCCUUACCUACGAGAUCUCCAGUUCAGGUGAAGAUCCUCACUGCUCUAGGGAAAUCUAUCAGGGCUACCCAAGAGUCUGAUAAGGUCUUUAGGUUGAUUGAAGAGGGUCUCCUAUCGGAUGCCGCAAGGUCAUCUCAGGGUUUACAAGCCUCUAAACUUCGGACUCAGAUCUUUACUUUCACUACAUGGGUGGUUCGCAUGGGAUCACCAUCUGACAUCCAAUCGGUUGCACCGAAACUGAUAUCAGGCUUACGAGGUUUUAUCGAGUCUCAGGGCUGGCCGAGUCCUGGGGCCAGUGCACAGAAGCUUCCCGCAACAGACUUGAGCUUACGCGGGCUUGCGUAUGAAAGCAUUGGCAUCCUGGUUCCGAAAAUCGACUUUGACUCUCAGAAUGAUCCGGAAGUAGAUUUGGAGUACGAUCUUAUCCGGUGGCUGUUCACUUCAUGGUCCGCUGAUGAUUCGGGGCCCCAAAUCUUCGUCAGCAUUGAGCAGGCCUUGGGCAGUCUUCUCAACUCCUCCUCUGGUCGAUUGAAUGAGACAUUGUAUGAACGCCUCAGGCCCUUCUUACUCCACCAAAUGGAUCUUCAGCCUGGAGAAGAUGAUCCCGUCACCGAGUUUCGGGUUGUUCGAAGCCCUCACUACGCGGCUGUGCGAUUUGCCAAUCGGUAUCUACCAUUCAGCGACGUGGUAGGUCGGUGGAUAGAUCUUCUGUCUAUCUCUUUUGGAUCAGACAAACAGAAUGAGAUUGUUGAGGAGGGAAAGAAAGGAUUGCACCCGUAUUGGUACCGGCUGCUCAAUUCCAACAAAAGUAACCAUAAUGCUACUCUAUCAGCUCAAGACCAAUCGCAGAAUCCUUGGUAUCUGUUCCCCAAGUUUGACGAACUAGCCACUUACUUGUUUGGUUCGACGGAGUCCAGCGAGAAGCGAGAGAUGCUUGAGUCAUCGUCGCGCUUCAAGACCACCUUAUCAUCCUCGGUUACAUUUGCCCGCAACAUCCUUCUCUGGGAAGCCUUGACCACGUCAGGAGAGUGCAUCGUGGAAAUCGAGCAGGAUUGGGACUAUAAGCUGGACGUAUUGCUGUCCUCCAAUGAACAAGUGCGCCUGUCUUUGAAACGAUACCUACGGAGCUCUACUCCAGAUCCCCUUCUAUUAUUCCUUAAUUGUGCUCUGGGUGGCCUUGUAUCUGGAAAAGGACAGACCUCACAGCAAUGCGGUGUCCGCUUUGUUGAGAUAUGCUCUUUGACACAGGAUGCGCUUAUUAGUGCACUGGUACCUCGAGCUCUCACGCUGAAAGACUCGAUAUAUUGCAACAUACAAGAAGUCCAAGACAUGGCGACAAGAGCUAUUGGAAUUCUGGCCUCGCACUCCCAGUUCAAUCUCGCCUCCCUGAACGAAUUCAUCCUGGAAUCAACGCGGCUCAUCAAUGAGUGGAAAUCCGCUGUCGGUGAAACUGCAAUGAAAGUGCGAGGUGCCCUUCUUGGUAUGGGUUAUAUUUUGAGCAGGCUUGCGUACCGCAAAAUACUUGACAGAGUGCCAGAGACACAGAAGACUCAGUUCAUUGAGAUUAUAUUUGAUAUCCUUGAUAACUCGCGUGAUGCUCUUUUACGACGAGCUGCCCAAACAAUUAUUGGCCAGCUAAGUCUCUCGAAUGUCAUAUCACCUGCGACUCUUGGUGCAUCGAAAUGGACUGCUGUGAGGGAGAAACUGGCUGUGGAUGCAAAGUCAGAGAACGAGAUACCAAUCACCACUAUCGGUUUCGUCUCGUUGAGCUUCUCAGAGGCCGAGGACCAUGCUUCUAUUUUUAACGAAUACCUGGAGACUCUCUAUGGGCUACACGAGAUACGUAGUCCUGAGGUCCAUUUUGCUGUGGGAGAUGCGAUGAGCGUCGCUGCCGCUGGCUGGGAGUCAAAGUCCCUGGUCCGUGAAUUUGAUGUCGACAGAGAAUUUCCCACAUCGGCCAUUCCUCGGACGGUCCUUUCAGGGGUUUGUGACCGGGUUAUAUCUGGAUGUACCGCGUCAAAACCCUCACUCAGGAAAGCAUCGGCAAUUUGGCUGUUGGCUCUCGUCAAGAACUGUGGGCAUCUUCCAGAAGUCCAAGGUCGUCUCCGGCAGUGUCAAGCCGCGUUUGCGAGACUCCUUGGAGAUCGAGACGAGAUAGCACAGGAAUCCGGAGCACAGGGGCUCGGUCUUGUCUACGAAAUGGGCGAUCAGGACUUAAAAGACGAUUUAGUGAGGGAUUUAGUCGACUCGUUCACAGCGGCCAAUUCAAACCUUGGGGGAGGCCGCGUCAAUGCUGACACUGAGCUUUUUGAGCCUGGAGCACUUCCUACAGGAGAAGGAUCAUCUAUUAACACGUAUAAAGACAUUAUGAACUUGGCUUCGGAAGCUGGAGACCCAAGCUUGGUCUAUCGGUUCAUGUCCCUCGCAUCCAACAACGCCAUCUGGAACAAUCGUGCCGCAUUCAGUAAAUUUGGGAUCAGCAGCAUUUUCUCAGAUUCCAGCGUUAAUGGCUACCUCGCCAAGAAUCCCAGGAUCUAUCCCAAACUAUAUCGUUAUCGAUUUGACCCCAAUCCGAACGUCCAGCGGUCGAUGAACGGCAUCUGGCAGACGAUCGUCAAGGACCCCAAUGCCGUAAUCAACGACCAUUUCGAAGGAAUCAUGGAGGAUCUACUGAAAAGUAUGCUUGCUGGGAGAGAAUGGAGGGUCCGGCAAGCGAGCUGUGCAGCCAUUGCAGACUUGAUUCAGGGUCGCCAGCCCGAUCGGUACGCCAAGUAUAUCAGUGAAAUCCUGACCAAGGCAUUCAAGGUGCUUGAUGAUAUCAAAGAGACCGUUCGGCUAGCAGCCCUACGACUCUGCCAAACAGUCACCAACUCGAUUAUUCGAACCUUGGAAACCGGUGACACGGAUGUCAAGCAAGCGAACGCAAUGAUUGAGGACAUCAUUCCAUUCCUGCUAGGUGACAAGGGAAUGGAUUCCAGUGUGCAGGAGGUCCAGGGUUUCGCUGUCGGUGCACUGAUCCAGAUUAUCAAGAAAAGCCCCGGUUCCUUGCUACGCCCCUUCGUGCCGGUUAUCUUGGAGAAGUUUGUGAACUCACUGAGCUCUCUAGAGCCUCAAGCAGUCAAUUAUAUCCAUCUGAACGCGGACAAAUACGGCCUAACGAGCCAGGAGAUCGACAAGAUGCGAUUGUCUGGCAUCCGCAUGUCUCCGAUGAUGGAGGCGACGGAAAGAUACUUGAUCGACUAUCUGGACGAAAGCAACAUGAAAGAGCUGGCAGCAAAGCUGGAAGAUGUUCUGCGCUCUGCAGUUGGGCUUCCAUCAAAGGUCGGCUGCAGCCGUGUUCUCGUUCUCCUGAGCAUGAAGACGGCCUUUUUCCGGCCAUACGCCGAUCGCUUCAUCCAGUUAAUGACCAAAUAUGUGGUUGAUCGGAAUGAAACUGUCAGCGCCUCCUACUGCACGUCUCUAGGGUAUCUCAUGCGGUUAGGUUCCAGCCAGAGCGUACUGAAGACCAUUGAGUACAGCAAGGAUUUGUAUCUGAACGCUGAAGACGCAUCCCGCCGAGCUAUCUCUGCCGAAAUAUUCCUGUCUAUAUCUAAAUUGUCCAACGACCGGUUCAUGGAAUUCGCAUCGACGGCGCUGCCAUUUGUCUUCAUUGCAAAGCAUGACGCCGAUCAACAUGUGAAAGAGUCGUUUGAGAAAACAUGGCAGGACAACGUGGGGGGUUCCCGGUCCAUUUCGCUAUAUCUCCGAGAAAUUACAGGAUUGGUAUCGAUAUACCUAGACUCCCCGCGCUGGGCAGUCAAGCACACGGCCGCUCUGGCGAUUGCGGAUGGGAUCAAGUCUUUGGAUCAUAAGAUUGAUGCACCAACCGGGGAGCUGCUCUGGCCGGUGCUCGAAACGGCACUCGCGGGUAAGACAUGGGAUGGGAAGGAAGCGGUGCUCCAGGCGUUUGUGAAGUUCCAACAGCAAGCCCGUCAAUUCUGGCAGGAGAGGGAGUCUAUCCGUCAAGCAAUGAAGACAAUCACGAUCCGAGAAGCCAGGCGGACCAAUACGGUGUAUCGCCCGUAUGCGCUGCGAGCCAUGGGAGAAAUUGCCGAGACUCGGGAGGACCUGGAUUUGAUGCCUGAGGCCACGAAGAUCGUGACAGGCAUUGUGGAUGAGUUUUCUUCUGACAGCGCCGAUCCGAUGGAGAUCGACUCGGGCAACGCUCAAAAGUCUGGAUCGGAGGAGACCUUGGCAGCGUGUGUCCAAUGUUUGGUGCGAUGCGUAAAUCCGACCAUCGUACCAUCCACAGGAAGGCUGGCCGAGUACCUGAGCGAUCUUGGAUCGAUCGCAGAGAGGGCGUUGCAGCAAGGUGGACGACAAGUACAAGCGACGUUGUUCGGGGCUCUUCAGGGGCUACUGGGCCGACUGGGUCGCUGGAUGUCGAUGCAGGCGCCGACAGGGCUGGACGAGGUCCGAGGUGCAGUCGCGUCGUUGGCGCAGCGGCUUCUGUUCCUGGAGGUAGACCUGUCAAUGGAAACCGUGCGCCAGGAACGCGCCAGGGCGACGGUGGCCUACCUAGAGGUGUGCCAGCAGGCCGGGAUGGGGGUGAGCGAACAAGACCGACAGACGAUCCGGGCUUGGCUGGCUGUGGAGCGAUCCGAGUCCGUCCGGCGAGUGCUCGGGGAAGCGUUGGCAGUGAAGUCGGACCAUGUACCACGUGGAAUUUAGGCCGAAUAUACUCCGUGCCCCGUAGUCAAAUCAUUUUGAGGC